CGCUCUUCGACAACGAGGACAUGUAUGAGAUUGUGAAGAAUUUUGUUGUGUGCCACAUUGAUGCUCCAGGACAAGAGGAGGGGGCUGCUGUCUAUCCUGCUGGGUACCAAUACCCGUCACUUGAUCAACUGUCUGAAACCAUCCCAUGUGUGCUGCAAUACCUGAAUUUCCCCAGCAUUAUUGGGAUUGGUGUUGGUGCUGGUGCGUACGUCUUAGCCCGAUACACGGUAAAUGACAUUCAUUGUCUCUUAGAGUCAGGAAUAGCACAGUUAAAGGGAACCUGUCACCAGUUUUAUGUGAUCAGUGGGGAUCUCAUCACUCAGAUCCCCGCAGUCAAAUCCUUUGAUAUGUUGCUAUGA